AUGCCGACUGCCUUUGUCGAUGACAAGGCUCCCAUCUGCGUGCCAUUUAUCCUCGAGCAUCUCGCCGCGCACCGAGCCCGUCACGCCAAAGCCGAUGCCGCUGCCACCACCCCGCCUCUGGUCGUCGGCCUCAACGGCAUCCAGGGCGCCGGCAAGACCACGCUUGUUGCCGCCUUGACGGCCGCGCUCGUCCAAAGCUCCGUGCACGCCAUCGUCUGCAGCAUCGACGACUUUUACCUCACCCACGACGACCAGACUGCGCUCGCGGCGCUGCACCCCGACAAUGCCCUGGUCCAGCACCGCGGCGAGCCAGGCACCCAUGACGUAGCCCUCGCGACGCAAGUCUUUGCAGACCUCAUCCGGGGCCAGCCCACCAAGCUGCCUCUCUACGACAAGGCCGCUUUCCACGGCCGGGGCGACCGCCUCCCCGAAUCCGCCUGGCUGCCCGUCAACCAACCCGGCCAGCCCCCCAUCGACGUCCUGAUGCUUGAGGGCUGGUCCGUUGGCUUUCGGCCCGUCUCCGACGACGAGGUCCAACGCCGCUGGAAGGCGCCCAGCCGCACGCUCCAGUCACACCAGCUCGAGCACCUCAUAUUCGUCAACCACCACCUACGUGCCUACGAUGCCCUGACCAAUCUAUUCCAUGUCUUCAUUCAAAUUGACGCCGAGGACACCCAAUACGUAUACACCUGGCGGGCGGAGCAAGAGGACCAUCUCCGACUCAUUAAAGGUGAUCCCGAUGCCGGCAUGACCAACCAACAAAUCAUCCAGUUUGUCGACGGUUAUUUCCCCGCCUAUGAGUUAUAUACCGAUGGCGUUCGAUCCGGCAUAUUUUCUCAUCGCCCGGGCUGCCAGCUUCGCAUGAUAGUAGGGCCUGAUAGAUGUGUCAAGCAGGUGGUACGCAUAUAA